GUGCCCGGCCGGAAGGCUGCACACCGACAUGGCGGCGGGUCGGGGCGGGUUGCGGCUCGGCGCUGCCUGGAAGGCGGUGCUGGGGAGAAGGCCGGAAGGGAUCGUGCCCACGCAAUGGGCUCGGCAGAAGUUCACCAAGUCGAGAAUUCCCGAGUCGGUAUUUCAGCCACGGCCUGGAGAUCAUGAGAAGUACGGAGGUGACCCUGAGCAGCCCCACAAAGUCCAUAUUGUUACUAGAAUAAAAAGUGUAAUCGGUCGCCCAUAUUGGGAGAAGAAGGUUGUACAUGAUCUUGGACUGGAUAAGGCUCAUCAACCAAGACUGCACAAAAAUAUCCCUUCUGUGAAUUCCAGACUGAAAGUUAUUAAACAUCUGAUAAGAAUACAGCCGUUGAAACUACCGUAUGGGUUGCCAACAGAAGAGGAAAUGGCAGACACCUUUCUUACGAGCAAGGGAGAGCUUAUCAUUAAACAGCGUCUGAAACCUGUGGAGCAGGAAGAAAUUAAGUCAUAAGAUUUAUCCUCAGGUGUAAAACUUGAUUCAAACAAAGUGCAAAAACCUACUGUGUGUUCACAUAACUCCAUUAAUGGAACAUUGUCUCCAUGUAAAUCUUCCUGAAGCACAGGUAAGAGAUACAGGCUUUUUGCAUAGGGAACAAGUAAGCUGACUUAAGAUGGGAGGAAAAUUCAGGUUGGAAGGUAUUUUGCAGGUCUUUGGUCCAAUGUCCUGCUCUACACCUCAGCUGUCCUCAUGGGGGAAAAAUUUAUAUGCAGGAUACAGUCUUACCCUGUGUGAGCCUCUCUUUCAGCUUAUGGCUGUUGUCAUUUAUGCUCCCACCUUCCACCACUGUGAGGAGCUUGGCUCCAUCCCCUCCAUUAUCCCUCACAGAUAUGAGGCAUUCCCUCCCAAAGCUGUCCUUCCUCACGAGACAAGUCCUCCAGCCCCAACCACCUUGGGGUUCUCUGCUGCCAACCUCACUCUACUUAAUUUGUCUUCACUGUGCCCAAAACAGCUCUGUUCUAGAAGUGAACUAGAAAGUGCUCAGCACAUGCAAGUGAACUCUUCCUUCAGUGGAGCUGUGCUUUUGUUCACACAGCCCAGGGUGUCUUCAGCUUCCUUGGCUGCUUGGGCACAUUGCUAGCUUGUGUUAGGCUUGCUUGUUGAACAGGAUUGAUUCGCUAUGUCUGCUUGCCAUAGAACUUGAAAUAUAUUCAAAUGAAUCAAAUCUUUGGUGUGAUGUCUGGUAGCAAUACAGAAACAUACAUACGUAGAAAUACAGUAUUUUAAGAAGAUUUUUAAAAAUUAUUUUGCUAAGAAUAUUUUAAAUGACAAAUAUAAAAUAUCUGUAAUAGAACUAUAAAAAUGCAUGGUUGAAAAACCCCCACGGUAUUCAUUAUCUUUUGCAGCUCCUAGUGAUAUGCUUGCUGCUUUUUUUUUUUUGCUACUCUAAACGUCUUCCUUUUCUCCCCUUUGCCUUGAAAUGGCUGAUUCAAAUCAACAGCUUUGAAGCUAAGGCUCUCCAAAUGCUCCAAAUGCUUUAGUAUGUGUUUGUUAAUAGAGCAAUAAAUCAAAGAGGGAGUGACACACUGAGACACACUCUUGUAGCAGAUUAAAACUAUACAGUACUUUUGUAUACAUAUAAGUAUACAGUGUAUUGCAAGUACUCCUGUUUGCCUUCAGUGAUUUGCUCUGCUAAGGUGAAAAAGAAUAAAUAAAAGGUAGCUAAUAAUCCAAA